AUGGAGAAAGAAGGAGGACUGCCCGAAGCUGGGGUUGUGAACCAACCACUACCUUCGGAGGAGGAGAUGGAGGAAGCAUUAAGGAGAAGCGCUCUAGCAAUCGAGGAUCCUAAGGAAACCGCCAAUGUAGAAUCCUAUGAAGGACCCUCCAGGGUUGCGUUGGAGGAAGUGGUGGCAGAGGAGCAACUGGAAGUGGUUGAGAAGAAGAAGAAGAAGAAGAAGAAGAGCAAAAAGAAGAAGGCUGGAGGAGAUGAGCAAGCCCAUCGAAUCAAAGCGGAGAAGAAGAUCAAAGAGAAAGGGGUUGAAGGAGACGAGGAAGCCCGUCUAAAGAAGAAGCAAGAAAGAAGUGAAAGAAAGGAACGCAGGCAGGAGGAGAGGCACCUGAAGAAGGAGGAAGAGAGGAGAAAGAAAGCUGAGAGCACAGAACUGGACGGAGAAUCCACCUCCGUAAGGGAGGACAAGGGGGAGUCAGCACAACUGAGAGAAUCAGCGCAGCAUGAAACAUCGUAA